AUGGCUCGAUGGAGGGCGACCGACAUAUCCACAGUGAGGGUCACCGUUGGUUCUGUAGUCCUUGGCCUACUCUACAAGCAGUUGGACUUGCUUUCCGAAGAUGAGGUCACCAGUGCUAGGUGCUGCGGUAUUGAGACGUGGCUAUCGACCAAUUUACUUCAAGUAUUCCUGUGGGAAUAUUUUAGAGGCUGGUUUACAAAGAAACUGGUCAGAGACCGUUCCAUUUUGGACUUCUUAGAUGAUGGGAGCAGCUAUGGUUCUAUUCCUUAUGAUGACGUUUAUGGGCUCUCUCGCAUCGCUUUAAGGGCCGGGUCUCGAGACACAGGCCUUGGGACGACAGAUGAUACAUUUAGGCAGGAUGAUACCAGUGCUUCCUCCUCCGGUCAGACUCAUUCUCCUGAGAGUGCAGCCACACGGAAACCUACUUCUGCGAGGGAAAUUCUUGCGGCCAGGGCUGGAAAAUCAAUAAAUGCCCACUCGUCUGGCAGAAUCUUUGUCACCCUCGCCCGUGUUGUUGGUAGGGAUAAGCGACAGCCCGCAGGUGCACCUUCUUUUACAGAACCAAAGAGGAUUUGUCCGAUGCCCCCAAAGAGUCCCGAUAAAAAACCUUCACCAGUCCUGGAGCCGCUCGGUAAGAAUCUGCGCUUCUCAACAACCAUCGAUGCUUUAAGGGACAGUCUUAAGGAAGGCAGCCUCAACUCUGAGGAAAGUGACGGCAACGCUGUCGUCCCUGAUGGGCCGGCUCCCACAGGCAACAAGACGGCCUCACCAGCUUCUCAAGACCACGCAGAUAAGGGGGCAAGGAACACCCCCUCUAGUUCCUCUCUUGGGGAAGAACUUCUCGGCAGCCAGCUCCAGGGUGGAACAAACGACAAACGUCCCACUUCUCCCACCGUCAUUUCUCUCAUAGAAGGGGUAUCGGCCACUGAGACAGAGAAACCAGAAAUGUUGCCAGCUUAUUUAUCCAGGCUUGUGCUUAUAUUGUUGAGUUUUCAUGGCCAAGAGGUUCUUGCCUUUGCCACUGCAUCUGAUCACGAUUUUAGAUACAUGAAAUCUGUGCACAACGCCACCCAUCUUCCAUUCGAGGAAGAAUACGACUACAUAGUGAUCGGAGGGGGCACGGCAGGCUGCCCAUUGGCCGCAACCUUGUCACAAAAGUACUCGGUGCUUGUCCUUGAAAGAGGCAAUGUUCCUAAAGCACAACCAAAUACACUAAAUGUAAGUGGCUUUUUCUCUAUUCUUAAUCAACCAGACAAUAGUACUACACCCGCACAAAGGUUCAAGUCCGAGGAGGGUGUCACAACCUACCGAGGUAGAGUCCUAGGAGGUUCCAGCAUGAUUAACGCCGGUUUCUAUACGAGAGCGGAGAAUGUGUUCUUUCGAAAAUCCGGCGUUGAAUGGGACAUGGAUUUAGUUGAGAAGGCGGAUCAUUGGGUUGAAGAGACUAUAGUGUCCCGUCCGAGAGAGUUAGCGGUUUGGCAAUCGGCUUUGAGAGGAGCUAUGUUGGAGGCCGGCGUGGUUCCAAACAAUGGCUUUACUCUGAAUCACAAGCUUGGAACAAAGGUUUCGGGUUCGAUUUUCGAUCAAAUGGGGAAGAGACAUGGAGCUGUGGAGCUGCUUAAUCGAGCAAAUUUUAGGAACUUGAAAAUUGGUGUUCAUGCCACCGUGGAUAGAAUCAUCUUCUCCACCAAAGCAUCAAAACCCUCAGCUAUUGGAGUCAUCUACACUGAUUCUAAUGAGAAGUCUCAUCGGGUAUUUGUACGUCGAAAAGGAGAGGUUAUUUUGAGUGCCGGUGCAAUUGGGAGCCCUCAACUUCUACUACUUAGCGGAGUUGGCCCACAUUCCUACCUCUCUUCCCUGCAUAUUCCGAUCGUCCAAUCUCAACCUAACGUCGGAAAAUUCAUGUUCGACAAUCCUCGUAAUGCUGUCACUCUCAAAUUUCCAUUUCCAGUCGAGAUUUCUCCUGUACAGACGGUAGGAAUUACAAACAAUUAUUACAUACAAGGUGUUUCUUCUCUACAAAACUCUUCUUCUCCUGCAAAUUGGAGUGUGGGAACCAUUGCGGAAAAAGUACCGGGACCCUUGUCAAGAGGAUCCCUCCGGUUAAAUUCCUCUACCGACGUAAAAGUAAGUCCGCGUGUCCGAUUUAACUACUUUGCUAAUCCAGUUGACCUCUCAAAAUGCGUUAGUGGAAUGAGGAAGAUUGGUGAGAUGCUGAACACGAAAACCAUGGAUCAGUUCAAGUUCGAGGAUUCUAAUGGUUCGAGAAGGUUUUCCUUCUCCGGCGCGUCUUUGCCGAGUAACUACAAGUCCAAUGAUUCCUCAGUGGAAGCCUUUUGUCGAAGCACAGUGGGGACGAUACAUCAUUAUCACGGCGGGUGCCUAGUAGGGAAGGUGGUUAAUGGUAAUUUUCGGGUCAAGGGUAUUGAUUCACUCCGUGUCGUGGAUGGAUCUACUUUCACUACCACACCCGGAACAAAUCCUCAGGCCACCGUAAUGAUGUUAGGCCGGUAUGUUGGUCUUAAGAUGCUGUGGGAAAGAAGAGAAGGGAAGUAGGACAGUACGUUGUACCAGCAUGGUGUAGGAGAAGAAUUUCUCCUGCGUAUACCUAAAUAAAUUAAAAAGAGGGUUCUUGGAAUUAGCAUGCUUCAUAUAUUUGUUUAAUUUAUGCAAAACUCUAUGUUGGGAUUUCGGUUUUGAUAUUUGCCUUUUCGGAUUUGAUUAUUCAUUUUAGUGUUGGCAUUAUU